UUUUUGAAAUGAUUCAGGAUCAUGAUCAUUGUUUAUUCAUGGUAAACAAUUAGUUUCGGCUCAUUAAGAUGAAAGCGAAAAGGGUGGAAAAAAGUUUAACAAAGUUUCUUGAUUAUCUUGAUUAUCGAUUAUCCAAAUUUAUAUUAAUAUCUUACCGUUAAUUGUUUGAACUAAUUGCGUCCUUUAGGUUUGAUUAAAUUACAACACGUUUUCUCACUUUUAUACUCGGAUGGUGAUACAUUACAGUUACGAGCGGUUAAAAAGAUCAACAAUGGAACCGAAGGUCACAAUUUCCUCCGGGCGAUUGAGCAUAAGGAUAAAGAUACCAUGAAAUAUGUGAUAGUCGAGUGCGAUGCUGAGAUAGCCAAGGAAAUGAUAUCGAAACAUGUUCGUGAUAUUUACAUGGGUCGAAGAAAUUUCCAUUACUUUCUGACCAAUCUGAUAAUGGAUCAAUUUACUGGAAUGAAAAUCGAUGAAUUUGGUGCAAUUAAUAUAACAGGAUUUCGAAUUCUUAAUCGUAGUUCAAUUUUUUUCCGAACUUUCAUCUCAUCAUGGAAAACAUUAGAUCCAUUCCAUUGGCCUGGUGCUGGACAUCGAUACAUAUCGGCCGAUGCUGCUCUCAUGUUUGACGGAACCAGAAUAUUAUUGGACACACUCGAGCGAAUACUAAUUGAACAUCCAAACAUUUUCGAUGGAAACUUAAGAGGUAAUGAGGUUUACAAUGGAAAUAGUCCAAAACCGGGAAUCAAUUGCGCUGAAACUUAUCCAACACUCCACUGGGAACACGGCAAGUUAAUCAAACAAUACCUGCGACAGACCAACAUUGAAGGAUUAACGGGUAAAAUUAUAUUUGAUGAAUUGGGAGUUCGUCGAAACUAUUCAAUUGAUAUGAUUCAAACAACGAUGAACAGUGAGAUGACCAAAAUCGCCGAAUGGUCAGAGCAAGUGGGAAUGUCCUCAGUUCCAGCAAAUUAUCAUCGGGUUUACCAGAGUAAUGCUAAUUAUGAGAAUAAAACUUAUAUCGUUACAAGUAUUAUCGAGGAACCUUAUCUCAUGUAUAAGGAAAAAACUGAAGAUGGAGUUGAAUAUGAAGGAAAUGAUAGAUUUGAAGGUUAUUGUAAAGAUUUAGCUGAUUUAAUUGCUGAACAUUUGAAAAUCAAUUAUGUACUUCAAUUGGUUGCUGAUCGUCGAUAUGGUGGAACUGAUAAAAACUCCCCUGUAGGUUGGAAUGGGAUGGUUGGUGAAUUAAUUAAACAGGAAGCUGAUAUUGCGAUUGCACCGUUGACCAUUACUUCAGCUCGAGAACGUGUUAUUGACUUUACGAAGCCUUUCCUAUCCCUUGGAAUCAGUAUUAUGAUUAAGAAACCAGCGAAAAAGAAUCCAAGUAUUUUCUCCUUUAUGAAUCCACUUAGUCAAGAGAUUUGGAUGUGUAUCAUUUUAUCGUAUUUCGGUGUUUCCGUUGUCAUGUUCAUUGUCAGUCGAUUCUCACCAAUGGAAUGUCGAGUUGCCCAUACCCAUGAGGGUCAAACAGUUCUGACCAACGAUUUUACUCUCUACAAUAGCCUUUGGUUUGCACUUGGAGCCAUCAUGCAACAGGGAGUAGAUGUUUGUCCAAGAUCUUAUGCUGGUCGGAUCGUUGGAAGUGUUUGGUGGUUUUUCACUUUAAUUAUCAUUUCCUCUUAUACCGCUAAUUUAGCUGCUUUUUUAACGGUUGAACGUAUGGUUACACCAAUUAACAGUGCUGAUGAUCUUGCCAAACAAACGGAGGUCGAAUAUGGUGUCCUUAAAGAUUCAUCGACGAUGGAAUUUUUCAAGAAAUCAAAGAUUCAGGUUUAUUCUCGUAUGUGGGAAUUUAUGAAUUCUCAUCCUCAUGUUUUCGUUGAUUCAUAUCAACAAGGUAUUCGCCGACGUGAAUCAAAGGGUAAAUAUGCUUUCCUCAUGGAAUCAACUUCAAAUGAUUAUAUUAAUCAGCGACAACCUUGUGACACAAUGAAAGUUGGACGUAAUUUGGAUGCUAAAGGUUUCGGUGUUACACCAUUAGGAUCACCAUUAAGGGUAUCACUUAAUUUAGCUGUUCUCCAUCUAACCGAGAAAGGUGAUUUAACUAGAUUGGAAAAUAAAUGGUGGUAUGAUAGAUCUGAAUGUAAAUCAAGUGAUUCCAAGGAAUCAAGUAAAAGUUCAUUAACACUUUAUAAUGUUGCCGGUUGUUUCUACAUUCUAAUUGCUGGUUUAAUUAUCUCAAUGUUUGUUGCAUUCUGUGAAUAUCUUUGGAGAUCUCGUAAAGAAUCAGAAAGAUUUAAAGUUAGAGAAACUUUAAUUAACAACAAGUUACAUUAACUACUACAUUGACUUUCAUCAGUUGAUUAACGAUUAUGUUGUAAAUCGUUCCGUUAAUCAUUAUCAUCUUAUGACAAGAUAUAUUCGACUGACGACUCAAAUUAGUUGAUUAUCUUAAAUCAUGUUAAUCAAGUGCCAAAUCAUCAGCAUAAUGAUCAACCAAUCAAUUGAUAAACUGUUAAUUGUUCUUUCAAUGCCAAAAAAACAACAACAAUCAACUUUCAUUAAUUGUUCUCAACGUUUUCUCGCAAUGUUGAUAAUACAUCGUAAAUUUAUAAUCAUUAUCAACUGAUUAUCUAAAUUUGUAAAAGAAAAAAAAAUUCCCUAUUCAAUCAUCAUGCACCUAAUUCUGCUCAAAAUAAUCAUCACAAUUCAACUUUAAAUUAUCCACUGAUUGUUGACUAAUUAAAGCGAGUCAAGAAAAGUACUAAUUCUAAUAUCAAAUUUAUCCAUCUCAUCAUCACCAUUCAAUUUAAAACCCAAGACAAUUAGGAUGGACAAUUUUCUCAAUCAAAAUUCGGAGACAAUACGAAUUUCUUAAAGCACAAAAUUUUUACUUUCAAUUAAAUUUACGAUCAAUUGUAAUUCCGAUAAUUAAAACUGAACAAUAAACAAUCUAGUUACAAA